UACAUGACUGCAGGAGUAUCUCUGCUCACACACCUACAGUACUGGCCUUUUAAAUGUUUCCAAUUUUGAUAAGUUGUCAAAUAUCAAUAAUUUUCCUGGUUCUGAAGAACUGUGUCCUCCAGGGAAGGCAGCAGCUGAUUCUGAGUCUCAGUGAGGAGUUUCAUGGCGGCUCUGUCUGUGAAUAUGGUGACAGCCAACCUGUUACUGAGUGUCUUCUUUCUGUCAGGUGCUUUGGCUGCUUGUCCUGAGGAUUCAGACUUCUUCAUUACCGCACCACAGAACAUGGAAGCACUGACUGGAUCUUGUUUGCAAAUCCCAUGUAACUUCAGUGCUAGACCUGGAAAGAUGUCAGACUAUAGAACAAAAAUCACCGGAGUUUGGAUUAAAAAUCAUAAAUAUUUUCAAGGAAGACCAGAAAAUGUGAUUUUCAACAGUAGCAAGACAGUUAAUAAAUAUCCAAUGAACAUUACUGGAAACCUGAAUCAGAGAAACUGCACCACUCUGUUUUCUAGUUUAAUCACUAAGUACACAGACACAUACUACUUCAGAAUUGAGACCACGCCAUUCAGGUCAACAGCUGUUUGUGAUCCUCUUCAUAUAACAGUUAAAGAUUCUCCUACGAGCCCCAGGAUUGAGAUCUCAGGUGAGCUGAAGGAGGCGGAGUCUGUGACUAUAACCUGCUCAGCUUUAACUCCCUGUCCACACUCCCCUCCUAAACUCACCUGGAACCUCCAACAAGACCCUCACAACAAAAUAGAGGAAAACACAGAUGGAACCUUUACAACUAAAAUCCAGGAGACCAUCACUCUGUCAGACAAACGUGAUGGAUACAACAUCAACUGUUCUGCCAGGUAUCCUGUGGAUGAAGGACAACAUGUGAAGACAGCAGAGGGGAAAAGGACUCUCAAUGUUUCAUAUGCCCCCAAGGACACCUCAGCGUCCAUCAGUCCCUCAGGUGUGGUGUCAGCAGGUAGCUGGGUGAACCUGACCUGCUCCAGCAGAGCCAACCCUCCUGUCAGCCGCUUCACCUGGUUCAAGAAGAGCACAGGUGGAGACAUGAGCGUAUCUGAAGGAGCCUUUUACACUUUUAAUGUCACAGAUAAGGGAGUUUAUUACUGUGUGGCCACCAAUGAUGUCGGAGAUCAGACGUCACCUGAGAUCCAUCUGUCUGUUGAAGGUGAUCAACAGCCGGUUGGCGUCUACGUUAUAGUGAAAACCCUGGGGAUUGUGAUGCUUGUCAGCACCUUGGUCGUCUUUGAGUGCUGGUUUCGAUGGAGAUCCUUCAGCAAACCAGUUAAGGAAACAGCAGAAGCAGACCGCGUCAACAGAGUGAUUGAGUUGUCAUCAUGAGGCACAAGGAGAAGAGGAAGAUGGAACAACUUGUACUUUUUCUCUAUUCUAUCUUCAUUUUUUUUAGUUUCUACUUGUUUGUUUUACUUUCUUUAAAGAUGACCCCAGAUCUGCGUGAAUCAUAUUUUUUAUGUCCUGUUUUUUUCUGCUUUGUGUUUCUUUGUUAAAAUCAGUAUAAGACAAAAGUAAGAACAUAAUAAUGUGUAAUAAUAUAUCUCAUGCUGGACGGACUCAUGGCCCCUGACUUUCCUUUUGCUUUUAAGAUAUCAAAAAGAUGCUUAGACCUUUACUGCUGUUUCCGAUGUAUAUGUACAUGUGAAGUGUGUUAAUUAAAACGUUUUCA